UCUAGCAGCACCCCUCGCUUCCCUUGGGCAACACUUGCAGUGAUCUGUCUGCAACUGCACGCCCACUGGAACCACCUACACAAGGAUUAUCCCGAGCGAUGCGCCAGCGUCAGCACGAUCAUGAUCGAGAACCGGUGCGAAAGGCUUCUCUUUGCCGCCUUCCAUCACGUUGACGUCAACAACCUGGCGCUCAACUCGCUCUGCUUCUUCGCCACGGGUGUCCUCCUGGAAGCCGGUCUGGGAACGGUACACUUUGCCGUUCUAUUCGCCACUGUCGCAGCCCUGGUGGGAGCUGCGAACACAUUCGCCCUGAUGUUGGCCUACGAGUACACCAGGCUCUCCUGGUUGUUCACUACGUGCUUGCACACUUUUGCCGGCGUCAUCGUGGCGCUCCAAGUGCUUACGAUAUAUCACUUUGGCCGGGCGAGAAUCCGCUACGGCAAUCGGAAGUUCCAGUUCCCGAGCAUGCCGUUCGGCAUACUCGAGAUGGUCACGUUUCUGGCAUGCACGAAGCACAAUAACUAUAUCGUGAUGUGCAGUGGCUUCUUGGUGGGCCGGUUCCUCGCGAGGACUUCUCCGGGAAACUUUAUUACCAGGACCCGGAGACCCCGGCGUUACUUGCACUUGUGCGUUGUUCCUUACGCACCGAUUACGUAUAUGUUCGCCGCUUUCAUCAUCGCCGCCUUUUUGUACGGACCGUUUCCCGACGCUGUCACCCUGGCCGAUACUGGAUUGUCGUUUCCCCAUCCCCUGUGGCGACCACUCAUCCUGCCGCUGCUCUACCAGCCCAACAUCUGCAUGCUGGCCUACGUCGUCUUGUCUCUGCUGGACGUCGGGAAAGAGUUGGAGCAAGACUUUGGACAUAUCGGCUUUCUGUGCCUAGCCGGGACGUUGCUGCUGGCCGUCAACGGACUCCUGGGCUUUUUGUCCGGAACCAUCUGGUGCCAUCUGCUGGCGCUGGGCGAGAACUUGCCGACGCCCGUGCCACACUCCAGCCUGUGCACCUGCACUCCCGUCGCCACCCUCAUGGCGUUAAAAGUGAUCCACCACGUGAGGCAUCCCCGCUGCGUGUACAGCAUGACCUCGGUAGCCAUCCACAUACCCUUCUGGACCGGCAUGCUGUUAGAACUAGCGGUACUCAACGUGUCGAGUCGUUCGGGAGGCUACGUCUUCGGGCCCAUCGUGGGUGUUCUGCUGGGCAUCGCAGUGGCGUACGCCGAGACCGAUUGCCUUGCCCAUCUGACUGCCAGAUUGGCGCGCUUCUCGGACAUCGGCACGCUCCUACGCCGCACAGAAGCGUUGCCGGAAAACGUCCCGUUAAUCAUCAAACGCUGACAUAUAUUGCACGUGCGCGCGCCGUACCGUCUUGAAAAUUAAAUACGAUGUAGUGACGCGACCUGGGCCGCGUCUGUGGAAGCUGUAUGUGUAAAGUGCCCCCUCGUUAGGUUUGGGCGCUGCAAACGACCGAACACCACGCGUCAAUAGGUCCCUGCUGAUCGUGCCUGCAAAAUAUGAAACGCGUGUGCGGCGUGAAAGCAAACUAAACUUGAAAACACAAAUC